AUGCCCAUCAAAUAUCUGAUCCUCCUGUCAAGGCAGGGCAAAGUGUGGUUUACAACACUGUCGCCCAAGGACAAGGCAAAGAUCAUCAAGGAUGUAUCGCAGCUAGUCCUCGCCCGCCGCACGCGCAUGUGCAACUUCCUCGAGUACAAAGAUUCAAAAGUUGUCUACCGCCGCUACGCUUCCCUCUUCUUCAUCGCCGGUUGCGCUUCCGACGACAAUGAGCUCAUCACUCUAGAGAUUGUCCACCGCUAUGUCGAGCAGAUGGACAAGUACUACGGCAACGUUUGCGAGCUCGACAUUAUCUUCAACUUCCANAAAGCAUACUUCAUCCUGGACGAGCUACUGCUAGCCGGAGAGAUGCAAGAGAGCAGUAAGAAGAACGUACUCAGGUGUAUUGGCCAACAAGACAGCCUGGAGGACAUGGAGGUCGAAGACGAAGCCGUCACGCGCAUCAUGUAG